AGCUACUUCACCUAAGGGAGCGCGGUAUCGAUGAUUACGGCCUACUCCGUCUGCGGCAUGCCGGUGUUGAUGUGGAACAAAUACGAGCCAUGAUCUUGGACAAGAGAAUAGCACGUGAGUGGCAGCUCGUGGCGGACAACAUCCUCACCGAGCACGAUUUGCAGUAUCUACACGGAACGGAGAGGGAGUUGAGGGGACUACUGGCACGACUGACCAAACGCGAGGCCGUCCGCCUCCUGGAGGCCUUGCAGACAUGGAGUGACUCGUCUGAGGACCAGAGUGAUCAACAGCCACCGCCGAAAGAGGAUGAAUUUGAGCCACAUGUCACGAGAAAGACGCCACGGGAACCUCCACCGUUCUGGGACGCGCCAUUCACACCAGGUCAACCGAUUAACAAACCGCCCACCAGUAGUACAGUCUCCCCCCUUCCUCCGUUGAAAGGUUCUAUUAUCCUCUCUAACGCAAACCACAGCUCCCCGAGGCCAAACGCUUCCCUGCAAAGGCCCCAAAAGCAAACCAACUUUCCGGAGCGCCCUGCGGCCUCCAGGAACGGCCACUUCACUGCGACGUACCGUCAUCACCAGCUCACCCGACUACCAUGCGCACUUCACAUUCAAUCCUGCGGAAAUACCCCACGGGUCCACCGCACAUACGGGACCUUCGAAGGCCCCCACAGGAAAGAUCCAAGAAACCCGCUUCGACGGCGACAUGAACACGAGUUUCUACGACGCAGGCGGGGACGACGCCGGAUCGUCGACCGAGGAAGACGAGCCUGUGCUUACGCCGACGGCAUCGACUGCGCGCGGGUUAUACAGCAACGGCGACGUCACUCCACUAGUGAUCCCACGGCGACGACAAAAGUCUCCCGAACGCACACCGGCCAAGCUCCAAGUCGCCGCCGCGGAGCGGUUCCGAGAAGCAUUUCCCGAGACCACGCCCACACGCCGCAGUCAUCUCGGGCUGCAUCUGCUCGAUGACCAGACGGUGAACUCGCACCGCACGCGAUACGCGCGGGCCCUCACGCUUCCGGAAGUCAGCACCCCCGCCGCCACCCCCGACGUUCCCCCCGUGAAACCGGUGUUUCCCAGGACUGCCACCAACAUGGAUUUUCACGCCGCGGCGGAAUAUACGGACGCGCUGGCGCAGAUGCGGAGGCGCCAGGCGCGAGCGGAUGAUCACGCCAGGAUAAAGUUGAAGAAAAAAAAGCUUGACCGGCUGUUGCAGAUCGCGGAGAAAUUGGAAAAGGACCU